AUGAAACUCUCUUUCUCUAUCCCUCCCAAAUCCAAAUCCAGAGUUAGGCCGAUUUCCGAGAGGAAGGAUUCUGUCGGUGAAGGCAAUCCCAAGCAGUUCGUCACUGAAUUCGAUCCUACCGAAACCCUAACUGACGCCAAACCCAAAUACAUAAUACCUCCUCUCGAGGACCGUCGAAGACCCUACAAGGAGACCAAGAGCAUCGAUCUCCUUCGUCAGUCCGCUUCUGGUCUCAAAUUCGAAGCCGAGACUCCCACUGCUUCCGAAAAUAUUGCAUACGGUCUGAAUCUGCGUCAGAACGGAGGCUCAAAGCCAGAGCCUGUGGAGCAGAUGUUACUAAAAAGCAUGAGGAAAGAUCUGGAGUCACUCCCUGAUGCUCCUCAACUGGAGGAUUUCGAGAGCGUUCCUGUGGAAGGCUUUGGAGCGGCGUUACUGGCUGGGUACGGGUGGAAGCCAGGCCAGGGAAUAGGUCUUAAGGCCAAAGAGGAUGUUCAGAUUGUUGAAUACAACAAGUGGACUGGUAAUGAAGGAUUUGGCUUCCAUCUGGUUAAGGGCACGCAUGCUAAAGGUAAAGAAAGUUGUAACUUGGAUGUAUCUGUUGCUGGAAAAAAGGUCACAACUAUCGCAGGGAGACAAGUAGGCUUAGAGGGAGAAAUAAAAGUUGAUAGCAAUGAGCUUAAAACUGUUGAUACAUAUAGAAAAGCAGGUAAACGAAGUAGAGAAACAGAUAGAGGGAAUCACACUGAAAUUAGACCAAGUAAGCAGAAUGAUAGAGGUCGAAAUAGAGAGAAGGCUUCAUGGCUGAGGAGUCAUAUAAAAGUGCGGAUAGUAAGCAAGAAUUUGAAAGGUGGAAGAUUGUAUCUUAAGAAAGGAGUGGUGACCGAUGUGGUUGGACCAACUACUUGUGAUAUCACUAUGGAUGAGACACAAGAAUUGGUUCAAGGGAUUGAUCACAAGUUUCUAGAGACCGCAUUGCCCAGACGAGGAGGGGCUGUCUUGAUUUUAUCUGGUAGACAUAAGGGUAUUUAUGGGAGUCUCGUUGAAAAAGAUUUGGAAAAGGAAACAGGUGUGGUUUGUGAUGCAGACAGCCAGGAGAUGCUCCAUAUUAAGCUUGAACAAGUCGCUGAGUACAUGGGUGAUCCGGGUGAUAUUGGAUACUGA